CAGGACACAGUGCACAGCUCCUGUCGUGCAGACAGUCUCAUGAGUACAACUCUGAACGCUCUUCUACUACCUGACCACACAGACACAGGCAGCCCAUCUUUACAACAACUGUGACAGCAGCAGCAUUCCAGCAGUCUGUCUUGCCUCUGUUCAGACAUGUCGCUGUACAGUUUUGGACUGGAGCCGCUGUCCUGCCAUACCUGGAACAAAGAUAGGACCCAGAUUGCUGUGAGUCCUAACAACAAUGCGGUGAACAUCUAUGAAAAGAAUGGCAAAGACUGGGUCAAGAUCCAUGAGCUGACUGAGCACAGCGGACGAAUCACAGGCAUAGACUGGGCCCCGCAGUCUAAUCGCAUAGUGACAUGUGCCUCCGACCGCAAUGCCUAUGUGUGGACCCUGAAGGAUGGUGUCUGGAAACCUACCUUAGUCUUGGUACGCAUCAACCGUGCAGCCACAUGUGUGAAGUGGUCCCCACUGGAGAACAAGUUUGCCCUGGGCAGUGGAGCCCGUCUUAUCUCUAUCUGCUACUUCGAGCAGGAAAAUGACUGGUGGCUGAGUAAGCACAUCAAGAAGUCAAUUUGCUCUACAGUGCUGAGUCUGGACUGGCAUCCCAACAACAUUCUCCUGGCAGCAGGGUCUGCAGACCUUCACUGCAGGAUUUUCUCAACCUACAUCAAGGACAUUGAGGAAAAGCCCGGGCCCACUGCCUGGGGGGCCAAGAUGCCUUUUGGGGAGAUGAUGCUGGAGCAUAAAGACUGUGGUGGGUGGGUACACAGUGUUUCCUUCUCUCCCAGUGGAGACCAGUUGGCCUGGGUGGCCCACAACAGCAGCAUCAGUGUCGCUGAUGCCACACAGGGGAAGGAGGUAAUCCAGCUGACCAGUGACAGCCUGCCACUGCUGAGCGUCCUCUAUAUCAGCCCUACUGAGAUUGUUGCUGCGGGACAUGACUGUUGCCCCUACCAGUACACGUAUAAGGGCCCACGCUCUCUGGAGUUUGUGAAGAAGCUUGAUAUCCCAAAGCAGACCUCCAAAGGGAAUAUGUCAGCAAUGCAACACUUUCGCAACCUGGACAAAAAGGCCACUGACGAGGAAAUCGGUGACCUGGACGCACUUCAUCAAAACAGCAUCACGCAGCUGCGUAUUGUAUCACUGGACAAAGCCAAAGUUGUGCAGUACAGCAGCGUGGGUCUGGAUGGAGCUAUGGUGAUCUGGGAUUUUAAGCCCUGACUCCACAUUUGUCCUUGAGCUGAGUCAGAGAUCAAACACAUCCUUGGUUCAUUCAUUCAUCUGUGUUUUCCAGUAACUGGGAAAUGCUGUUAGCACAUGUGAUUUGUGAUAUUUGACAAAAAACUAAUUGUUUACUAAAAUAAAUGGGUAAUGUAU